UGUGACGCGAGUUCCACGGCCUUCUGGGAAGUGUAGUUUAUUUGUUCUCCAGCUGCGGAAAGAUCUAUGGCUGUGGACUACCACUCCCGUGAGGUAUUGCGUAAUUCCACCCCAUUCGCGGCGUCUUCGAACGCGCCGCGGCGGCCAUGUUGGACGUGGCCAGCACAGGGGCCGGCACCAGGGGGUAAUCGAAGUAGCUGUCACGAUGCUGGGGUCCCUGGUGUUGAAGAGAAGAGCUCCGGCGCCGCGGCUCCUCCUCCAGCUGCUUAGGUCCUCAUUGCUCCGGAGCCAUGGAGGUCACUCCGGCCGGAGCGUGACCACCGGGGGCCGCGGGGAGCCGCAGUGGCUGAGAGCAGCCGUCGGGGGGCGCCCUGGAACAUCGCCGGCCUUGCUCACCCGAGGAGGGACAGCCACCGGGGGGCGCCAGGGAGGACGCACAGAGACCCAGUGCCUCGCAGCCGCCACCUGGGGACGCCUUCCUACCCCCGAAGAAACACUCCCAGGACAGGACAGCUGGAACGGAGUCCCCAACAGAGCCGGACUGGGCAUAUGGGCCCUGGCCAUGGCGCUGGUGGUUCACUGUUACAGCAAGAGCCCGUCCAACAAGGAUGCAGCCCUGAUGGAAGCUGCUCGCACCAACAAUGUCCAGGAAGUCCGCAGGCUCUUGUCAGAAGGUGCAGAUGUCAAUGCAAGGCACAAACUUGGCUGGACAGCACUCAUGGUGGCGGCCAUCAGCCGAAAUGACAGUGUGGUGCAGGUCCUGCUUGCUGCAGGUGCUGACCCAAACCUUGGGGACGAUUUCAGCAGUGUUUACAAGACUGCCAAGGAGCAGGGAAUCCAUUCUUUGGAAGAUGGGGGACAGGACGGUGCAAGCUGGCGCGUCACAAACCAGUGGACAAGUGCCCUGGAGUUCAGGAGAUGGCUAGGAGUCCCCACUGGCGUCCUAAUCACCCGAGAGGAUGACUUCAACAACCGGCUGAACAACCGCGCCAGCUUCAAGGGCUGCACAGCCCUGCACUACGCUGUCCUUGCCGAUGACUACCGCACCGUCAAGGAGCUGCUUGAUGGAGGAGCCAACCCCCUGCAGAGGAAUGAAAUGGGACACACACCCUUGGAUUAUGCCCGAGAAGGGGAGGUGAUGAAGCUUCUAAGGACUUCUGAGGCCAAGUACCAGGAGAAGCAGCGCAAGCGGGAGGCCGAGGAGCGGCGCCGCUUUCCCCUGGAGCAGCGGCUGAAGGAGCACAUCAUUGGCCAGGAGAGUGCCAUCGCCACGGUGGGUGCUGCGAUCCGGAGGAAGGAGAACGGCUGGUACGAUGAAGAACACCCUCUGGUCUUCCUCUUCUUGGGAUCAUCUGGAAUAGGAAAAACAGAGCUGGCCAAGCAGACAGCCAAAUAUAUGCACAAAGACGCCAAAAAGGGCUUCAUCAGGCUGGACAUGUCUGAGUUCCAGGAGCGGCAUGAGGUGGCCAAGUUUAUUGGGUCCCCACCAGGCUACAUCGGUCAUGAGGAAGGUGGCCAGCUGACCAAGAAGCUAAAGCAGUGCCCCAACGCCGUCGUGCUCUUUGAUGAGGUGGACAAGGCCCAUCCAGAUGUGCUCACCAUCAUGCUGCAACUGUUUGAUGAGGGCCGGCUGACUGAUGGAAAGGGGAAGACCAUCGACUGCAAGGAUGCCAUCUUCAUCAUGACCUCCAACGUGGCCAGCGAUGAGAUCGCACAGCAUGCACUGCAGCUGAGGCAGGAAGCUUUGGAGAUGAGCCAUAACCGUAUCGCCGAGAACCUUGGGGAUGUCCAGAUUAAUGACAAGAUCACCAUCUCAAAGAACUUCAAGGAGAAUGUGAUUCGCCCCAUCCUGAAAGCUCACUUCCGGAGAGAUGAGUUUCUGGGACGAAUCAACGAGAUUGUCUACUUCCUCCCCUUCUGCCACUCGGAGCUCAUCCAACUAGUCAACAAGGAACUGAACUUCUGGGCCAAGAGAGCCAAGCAAAGGCACAACAUCACGCUGCUCUGGGACCGCGAGGUGGCAGACGUGUUGGUCGACGGCUACAACGUGCACUAUGGCGCCCGCUCCAUCAAGCAUGAGGUAGAGCGCCGUGUGGUGAACCAGCUGGCGGCUGCCUAUGAGCAGGACCUGCUGCCGGGGGGCUGUACUCUGCGCAUCACUGUGGAGGACUCAGACAAGCAGCUACUCAAGAGCCCUGAACUGCCCUCACCCCAGGCUGAGAAGCGUCCACCCAAGCUGCGACUGGAGAUCAUCGAUAAGGACAGCAAGACCCACAAACUGGACAUCCGGGCACCACUACACCCUGAGAAGGUGUGCCACACCCUCUAGCAUCUACCUACCUGCCUAUCCAUGCCCUCAACAUUUAAUAAAGGCCCCUCGGCUGUGGCAUGGCAACCGACCUACCUUCCCCUCAUGGCUCUCGCUCCUCU